AUGACACGCAGCUCGCGCGGACGACCAAACAGGCCCAAUCAACAGCGAGGUAAUCGAAGCAACAGACCUCUUCGAGGAGAUACAGUACAGCUGGACAAUCCAUUUGAAAGCCUGGAAAACCUUGGCCAUGAUGAUGGCGAGGUCAACGCCCACCUUCACGAGCGGUUCGGGUCAGGGAACAUGAUUCCACAUGACGACAUCCCUACUUCAGCAGGCCCACACGAGAACGAUGAUAUUCAAAAUUACUUCAAACUCGCAGAAAAAGAGGUUAUUGGUGCUGGCGAAUGGCUAGACAAACCUGAGAUCCCAACGUCGUCCGAGAUAUUGCGUAAGCAGACCGGAUUCCGCAGCAUUGAGUCUGAAAACCUGAUCGAGGUCGAUGAAAACAUCCAGCCACACAAGGUAGAAGGUCCUUACGAGAGAAAUGAGCACUACCUUCGAACCAAGUACGAGCUGUUCCGUGAAGACGCUGUACGCCCGCUGCGUGAAACUAUUGAUGUGGUUCGUGCAGAUCCAUUCAAGGACGAGGCGGAGUAUGGCAAUAACAACAUUGGCAUCUACGAUCCCGUUUACAUCACCUCUUUAGUCUUCUCUCCCCGAGGAUUGGCAACGCGGGUUGCAUUUUCGCUCAGUCGUGUGAAGAAGCAAAUUCGCUGGGAGCAGUCCAAGCGCCUCAUCACUGGUACACUUGUCGCAUUAUCACCGAUAGAUGAUGCUUUCCAAACACAGUGCGUACUCGCCACAGUUGCCGCCCGACCACUCUCAGCAAUGGAGCAGAAUCCACCUGAGAUUGACCUCUUCUUCGCUCGGCCUGAGGAGCAGGAGAUUGAUCCAAUGCGCAAAUGGAUCAUGGUUGAGUGCCGCAGCAGUUUCUUCGAAGCGAGCCGACAUACGUUGCUGGCUCUUCAACAUAUGAUGCGAGAGCCGUUCCCGCUGUCCAAGUAUCUUGUCAGCGUAGAGAAAGAGGUGGAUGCGCCAGCAUAUGUACGGUACAAUCCAUACAUGAACUUGAGCUCUCUCGUAAGCCUUGAGGAGAGUGCAGAUUUCGAGAAUGUCAACGUCUUGGAAACUUGGCCAUCCGGCUCAUCGCAUUCGCUGGAUAAAUCUCAGGGCAAGGCACUGAAGCGAAUGCUCACGAAAGAACUGGCUCUGGUACAAGGGCCGCCGGGAACUGGAAAGACUUUCGUCUCUAUCGUGGCACUUCAGAUUGCUCGCGACAACCUGCGUAAGGAUGACUCGCCCAUCAUCGUCACGGCUCAGACUAAUCACGCCCUUGAUCAAUUGCUUCGACACACAGCACAGUUCGAACCAAACUAUAUUCGACUGGGGGGAAGGAGCAAGGACAAGGAGAUCAAGAAGCGUACUCUGUUUGAAGUCCGCUCGGGGUUGCCUCACCAAAAGCGGCCUGGUAGCAAGAAAGUUGUGGCCAUGACAAGUUUAAAAAACCUCACUGCGAAGGCUCAGUUCUUGCUUGCACCCCUGGAAGCUAAUAAGCCUCCUCUCGAUCACAAACUCUUAGAGAUGCUCGGGUUGAUUACCAGGGAGCAAGCAGAAUCCCUGGAGAUGGAAUCGCAAUGCACUAUGGGUAUCUCAUCAAACGAAAACCCUGGCCUUCUGAUGGAGCAGUGGCUUGGUAGGUGUCUGGCUCCGUGUAACAGGCCGAUAGGCCCUGAUGAUUACGAUUGGGCAUUUGAGGAAGAAGAUCUUGACGUCGAACAGCUCCAAGAACUUGAAGCAGAAGCUGUAGCCAAAGAUGAUGAUGAUCUAGAGGCUCUCCGCGGGCCCGUCACGCUACUGAGGGACAAUUAUAUGGGAAGAGGAAGAGCGUUAACACAAAGUCAGAUCCGGAAAUUGUUGCGCACAGAUGACUUGACUACCGUCGGGAAUGAUGAACGCGGCGCUAUCUACAAUCACUUCAUGCGCGAAACCAAGAGGCUCGUGCUAGCCGAGAUCCGCGAGAUUGCAAAGAAGUAUAGCAAGGUCGUCCAAGAGCGCAAGAUCGGUCUGUGGGAAGAAGAUGUACGUGUCUUACGCAAGGCGCGCAUUAUUGGGUGCACAACCACAGGCCUAUCCAAGUAUCGAGGACUACUUUCGGGUCUACGACCAAGAAUCUGCCUGGUUGAAGAAGCGGCUGAAACGCUGGAGGCACCUGUGACGGCGGCAUGCUUUCCAACCUUGGAACACCUGGUUCUUGUGGGUGAUCAUCAGCAGCUACGGCCUCAUACACAAGUCAAAGAGUUUGAAGAUGCUCCCUACUACCUCAACCUGUCCAUGUUUGAGCGUCUAGUCUGGAAUGAUGUGGAGUUUGACACGCUUGCGAGGCAGCGACGUAUGAUCCCGGAGAUCAGAAGGCUGCUAUAUCCCAUAUACGAGUCUACUUUGAAAGAUCACGAAAGCGUCAAGGAUGUCAGCAACCGCCCUCCAGUCGAAGGUAUGGGCGGGAACAACUCUUUCUUCUUCUGCCAUGAGUGGCCAGAGGAUCGAGAUGCAAACAAGUCCACAUUCAACGAACGAGAGGCAGCCAUGAUUGUCGGCUACUUUGAUUACUUGGUUCUGAACGGUGUAGACGCGGCAAAAAUCACGGUUUUGACAUUUUACAACGGCCAGCGAAAGACAAUUUUGCGCAAACUCAGGGAACAUUCCAAUCUCAGAUCUUACGUGUCUGUAGUCAAAGUUGUGACUGUUGAUUCUUAUCAAGGUGAAGAAAACGACAUCGUGCUGCUCAGUCUUGUUCGAUCGACUACGCGCAAUCAAACCACCACGAGCCUUGUUCGAUCAUCAAAGCCCCACAAAAUUGGAUUUCUCUCUUCAGAGAACAGAGCAUGCGUUGCACUCUCCCGAGCCAAGCGUGGAUUCUACAUCUUUGGAAAUGCAGAGUUGCUCGCUUGUGAAAGCGGAACUUGGGCUGCGGUGAUUGACAUCAUGUACGGAAACAAGAAGUUCAAAGUCGUUUCGGGACAGACCAGGCGAAUUGGAUAUCAAUUCCCACUUCAAUGCUCUGUCCAUGGCCGCAAGAUCUGGGUUGAGGAACCUGGAGACUGGGAGCUUCUCCAUGGUGGUUGUGACAUCAGAUGUACCGGAGUUCUGCCAUGUCAGCAUCGAUGUCCUUACAUGUGCCAUCCCUUUGAACAUGAUCGUGUCAACUGCACACAGCAAUGCUCAAGACGCAUCGAAGCUUGCGGUCACGCAUGUGUCGGUAUGUACUCGCCGAAUUGUGCUGUGAUUCUUGCAAAUGUCGUACUUGCGAACGUCGCACCAACGGCGUCAAGUCAAUGUUGA